AUGAAGUCCAAACCAGAAGAGAGAGAUGACGCAGCCCGUCGACUCUUCGGUCGGGUGGGUGAUCUGCCAGUUUUCUUCGCUUUCUGUGAUGACCUUCUCUGCCAAGAAAACGACUUCCUUUUACGCCUGAACAACCAAAAUGCUGGAGACCAACUCACAUACAAGAACAUUCUCCACGUUGUGGAUAUUCUGAAGCACAACCCUCAGAUGACCAAGAAUGAGACCUUUCAAAGCCUUUGCGAAGGAGCUUCUUUCUCUUCUAGAAUUGAGAAGAUCAUUAACUUGGCUGUUCAGGCCAUGGUUAUGAUUGACUGUGCUGCUAACCGCCACCACGCGACUGAUUUCAACCUUGGCGGCCAUCGACCAAUAUCCUGGCUCUCACAAGAGAAAUACGUCGACUUUGUUGAGCGUUCUUUCCCCGUCGGCUGCGAGUUGUCGAUGAAAAGGGCCGACGAGACAGUUGAAGAUAAAGCGUCAAUGAAGGCAUGGAAAUUACAAAAGCGUCUUGGGAUUAGCUUUCGAGGCACAGAUAACCUGGCCGAACACUUGCUGUUUGAUCCGAAAAGCAAUUGCCUAUACCUAUUUCACCAUGCCAAGUUUUUGAAGGCACACCUUGAAAAUUGCCGCAGCCACAACCGACCACUCGGAAUGAGUCUCCUAGAAAGUCUAAAAGUUGGCACAGUGCCACCGCAGUUGCUUGUUGAAACACUCCACUCGAUCCAAUCUAUACUCUUCCCACCCAUCGACCCGAAGUCUGCCUCAAUCUUAGACAAGUUGAUUUCCAAACGCGGCGGGUAUUUCGAUCGCGAGUGUGCCGAGUACGAGGGGUACCAAAUUUUCCAAGAGCCCCCAGAAGACUUUAAAUACAUUUACUGGGGAGAGCGCUUGGCAAUUCUCCGAGAGCUUCUUAAGAACCGGCCACCUCGGAAUAAGCUAGAACGAUGGCUGCGCUGGCAAACUAGUGAGAGCAAUGCGCUUUUCGUUGCUCUAUUGGCGCUGCUUAUCUCCAUCUGUGUUGGGAUCAUUUCCAUCGUACUUGCUUGUGUCCAAAUAUGGAUCGGUUGGAUGGCGUGGAAGCAUCCAGUCGGUCAAGGAUAG